AUGUGGGAUUCCAGCAGAUAUCUGUGUUCCUCUGAACGGCCCAGAGCCAGUUCCCUGGGUUCCAGGAAGAGGACCUUGCUUCCGUGCUCCCUAGUGGAAGGGGAGGUUGGUGUUAGCCUCUCCGAACCACAUGGACUGAGAGUGGGGGAGGGGUGGUUCCCCAAAGGAAGCUAUUACCAGCAAAGAACCCAAAACCAGCUCUUGUCCCAAAACAGGAAGCAGAGGAAAAACCACACCGGCAAACUCCAUGAGCUAGCAUUGCUGCUACCCGUGGCCCUGAAGACCGGUAGCAAGAAGCUCACCAAGAAGGAGAUUCUGCUGCACGUCCUGCACUACAUUCAAUACCUGCAGAGAAGCAUCGAUGUGGCCCAGGCCUUGCUCAAACUCCACACCACUGAUGGGGAAGGUGGACUUGGAGGGCUUGGCCAGAACCCCACUGUGGGGCCAGCAAGGCGGAGGCACUCCACCCCAUCAAGCUCCCCACACUCUCUGAAGUCCUGUCUUCAGGGAGCCUGCCGGAAACCUCAGAAGAAGAAGCUGACCCGAGGGUUAGAUCGCCGGACCCAGGCCCAGGACCCUCGCCGCUGUCUGGCCCUGGACAAGCUCAGGAAGCUGGUGACCCCAUCUCCAGACCAGAAAAGAGGAAACACGGGGGCGAUCACCACUCCUCCAAGAUGUCCCGACUCCUGCGUGCGCCCCGAGGCUGCAUCGUCCCCACCUCAAGGUGACAAAAGGGGAGGAAGAUCCUGGCUGAUGUUGCUGGAUGUGACUGAGAACAGCGUCCACUGUGACAUCUCAAGCUGCUAUUGCAAAAGGAGCGCCCCGGAUGAUGAGUCUUACCCUACUUUUGAGGCCCAGCAAGGGGCUAAGAGGAUCCAUUUUCUCAACAGGACACAGCCCUUUUCCAGGCAGAAGCCGGUGUUCUACGAUUCCAGCGAGGAGGUGGACCAGGAGUCCCCAGAUGCUGACCCUUGGCUUCCUGCCUGGACCCCAGAGGGCAGCCCCCAUGGGAGCCCACUGGCCUUGGGGCCUCUUCAGAUUGACAACUGGAGUGUGACGGGCCUCCCAAGAGAGAUCCUAGGCCUCAGCCCUUCCCUGUUCAGCUCUCCAGAGAAACUGCUGCCAGAAAAGAUCUUGGAGGAUGGCGACGAGUACUUGACCCAAGCGCUCUUUGAAGAAGUGUUCUUAGAUCCCGUGUCUUCACCUUCUGCCUGCAUGCUCGAGGUAUCACCGAAGAACACACCCUCUGAGGCCCCGAAAGAGACUUCUGACGCCCCCAGCCUGUCCCAGUCCUCGGUCUUGCAGGACCACUGCUACCUGUCGCUGAGUGAGAACAGCAAGGGGCCGUCCAGUCCCAGCUCUGAGGACUCGGACCCUAACACAGACACAGAAUCGGUGUGGAAGCCGCCGGAGGACGCUGAGGCCGACCCCAAGGGCCCCCAGUCCUCCAGCGAAGAGGAUGGAGACUACACGUGGACCCCAACUCGGCGGGCCUCGACCCUGCCAGCGGCCCGGAGGAGGACAAGAAAGGGCCCGGCGAGCGGGUGCCCCGUGAAGUCCGAAAAGACAGCCCCCUGCCCCAUCCAGACGAAGAAAAAGUGUGUCAACGGCUUCAUCAUGUUCUGCAGGAUGAACCGGAAGCAGUACAUCCGGUCUUGCCCAGGAACCGCAUCCACAGCUGCCACCAAGGAGCUGGCCCAACUCUGGCGAUUGAUGAGCGAGCAGGAGCGGAAACCAUACAGCAUCAAAGCUCGAAGGUUCAGCCGCAGGCACAACCGGAUCGUGAAACAGGAGAGCUCCAGCAGUGAGGACGAGGACUGGGGGACCCCGAAGCCCUUCUACCAGCUGCUGGCUGAGAAGGCCCGCUGUUCCUCAAAGCCGGCCCCUCUGCCUCCUCGCCGCCGCAAAUGA